AAGAGUCCGUAUUGUACGAAUUUAGAACCAGUUUCAAGAAAUAGAUACAAGGAGUUAGUAAGCGCAUAUGUUGGACGUGACCCGUUCCUCAUGAAGAUGAGUGAGUUUUCGGUCGAACUUGAAGAUUUGCCGACAGUGGAGGCUGUUGACAUCACCAACUAUCUGGUCCUUCAGACAUCGUACUACACCAGACAGCAAAUGAAGGCAUAUAAAAGUCUGGAGGCGUACAACUUUUUUGUCAGCGGGUGGGUCCACAACCUCGGUACCAAACGGCUCCACGAUGAUCAUCAUUUGGUCUUCGCUAGGGUAAACCACUCUCAGAGAUCAGGCGAAACACCUCUGAAGACCUGGAUUAUUGCGAAGGAGGAUGGAGAAGUCAUUGCAGCUCAUUGCAAUUGCAUGGCAGGACUAUCAGAAUCGUGUUCUCAUGUAGGGGCAGUUCUUUUUUCCAUUGAAGUUGGGGUAAAGAUGCGAGAUACAGCUUCCUGCACAACAGAGCAGUGCAAGUGGCUGAUGCCAUCACAUGUAAAAAAGAUUCCUGCUGUUCCAGUAGCUCUGAUCGACUUCGCCUCUGCUAAAGCCAAAAAAAAAAGCUUGACCAUUCUAUUGAUGGCAGGACAACUGAAAACCAGUUAUGGAUGCAACCAUGAAGCACAAGCCAGAGGAGUCUAUGAGAAGCUGAUGGGUCGAGAGCAUGCAGGCUUCUCCUGUAUGGACAGUGGUCUCUGGCUGAACCCCAAGUGGCCAUACAUGGGGUCCUCCCCUGAUGGGAUUGUUGCUUGUGACUGUCACGGAACUGGCAUCUGCGAGAUUAAGUGUCCACACUCUCACCAAGAUGAAGCCAAUCUGCGCUUGUGUGCUGGGGAAAAGGGCUUCUGCCUCAUCAAUGAUGGGGAUAAUGUCAUGCUGGACCGGACUCAUGACUACAACUACCAAGUUCAGGGACAGCUUCACAUUGUAGACGCUGAGUACUGUGAUUUUGUUGUGUGGAACCACAAUUUAUGAUGUUAUCCCUAAAGUUGAGUGCUUUUUUAGAAACGGUAUACUUCCAGAAAUACUGGGACAGCAAGUUACAAACUCACAUGUGUAAUGUAAUGUAAUGAAAGGAUCCAGGCACUCUUGAAAGUGGGCUGUGUGAUAUUGCUGUUAUAUCAAUACGGUUGUAUGAGACAAGAUUACAUUUUGACUAUUGUUAUGAGUGUGGUCUUUGUGAGUUCUGGCUGUUGUAUAAUUGAAAUGAAAAGAUUAAAUGCCAUUGAGA